AUACAACACCGCCAUACCACCCACAACACGCCGGCGCAGGACUGCAGCGUGUCACGAAAAGUUCCCACGCCGUCGCCGAAUCCAGAGAUUUUCGCAGUACCCUCCGCGCCGAAUAAAACGUUGCUUUCCACCGACUGGGUGGCCUAGAAACAAAUAUGGCUCAAGGUGCGCCAUCAAAUGCCGGCAACAAUGCUUUCAAGGACAAGGCGAAGCCACAGGCAGUAAGAGAAGCCAACAUCACCGCCGCACGCGCUGUUGCAGAUGCCAUUCGAACAUCUUUGGGCCCGCGAGGCAUGGACAAAAUGAUUCAAACAGGCAAAGGCGAGACCAUCAUCACCAACGACGGAAACACAAUGCUUCGCGAUCUGGGCGUCAUGCACCCCUCGGCAAAGAUGCUGGUUGAUUUGGCAAAUGCGCAAGAUAUUGAGGCCGGAGACGGCACAACCUCAGUAGUGGUGAUCGCCGGCAGCCUUUUGGGAGCUGCUGAACGAUUGCUGGCCAAAGGCAUUCACCCUACCAUCAUCAGCGAAAGUUUCCAGCGAGCGGCUGCUCGUGCUGUCGAGAUCCUCGAACGAGUCUCCGUACCCAUCGACCUCACAGACCGCCAAACGCUGCUCAAAGCAGCCUCGACCUCGCUUUCAUCAAAAAUUGUGGCUCAAGAGCCCAAGCUUGCGCCCAUGGCUGUCGAUGCCGUGCUGAGAACCAUCAACCCAACAAAUGCGCAAAACGUCGAUCUUCGCAACAUUCGAAUUCUCAAGAAGGCCGGUGGUGUGAUCGAUGACUCGGAAAUGGUGGACGGGCUGGUCCUCAGCCAACAGGCAAUCAAGAGCGCAGGGGGUCCAACACGGAUAGAAAAGGCAAAGAUCGGUCUGAUUCAAUUCCAGCUCAGCCCGCCGAAGCCCGACAUGGAGAACCAGAUCGUGGUGAACGACUACAGACAAAUGGACAAGAUCCUCAAAGAGGAGCGGACAUACUUGCUGAACAUGGUCAAGAAGAUCAAGAAGGCAAAAUGUAACGUGCUCUUCAUCCAGAAGAGUAUUCUCCGAGACGCUGUCAACGACCUGAGCUUACACUUCCUAUACAAGCUCGGCAUCAUGGCUGUCAAGGACAUCGAGAGAGACGAAGUCGAGUUCAUCUGCAAAUCCACUGGCUGCAAGCCCAUCGCAGACAUCGACUCUUUCACAGAAGACAAGCUUGGAUCCGCAGAGCUCGUGGAGGAAGUAUCGAAUCUGGGUUCCCGCUAUGUGCGUGUCUCGGGGGUCAAGCACCCCAAUGCCAAUGCGCCCAAGACCGUCUCGAUCGUCGCACGAGGAGCAAACCCGCUGAUCCUGGACGAAGCCGAGCGCAGUCUCCACGAUGCCAUGUGCGUUAUCCGCUGUCUCGUCAAGAAGCGCGCUCUUCUCCCUGGUGGCGGUGCACCAGAAAUGGCUGUUGCCACACAACUCAGCCAAGAUGCCCUCACAUCACAGUAUCCAGACAGCGUAUGCUUCAAAGCUUUCGCUGAUGCGCUUGAAGUCGUUCCGGUCACAUUGGCUGAGAAUGCAGGUCUGAACAGCAUCAAGGUUGUCACUGAGCUGCGAGCGCGACACGCGAAGGGCGAGACCAACGUUGGUGUCAGUAUCAAGAGAGGCGGCGUCGGAGUCAUGGGUGGUGAUGACAAGAGUGCUUCCGGCGAAGGUGUCAUGCAGCCACUUCUCGUCAGCACGAGCGCUUUCGAGUUGGCCAGUGAAACGGUUAAGAUGAUCUUGAGGAUUGACGAUAUUGCAUUGUCACGAUAGAUGACUAUGGAGACAAAACGUCAGUCAUGAUAGAAGGAAGUCACCCGAGUCGCGCCUUGAGCGCAUGUGGAUGAUUGAAGAUCGUCUGAACGACUGUGCGCAAGCAAUGUAGCGAGAGCUCCAACUCGCUCAAUGGAGGCCGCAGAUGUGCAGACAAAGUCAUACUAUGCACAGACAGUAGCACACCCUACGCCCACGAAACAUCUCGCAGUGGCGAGCAAAAUGAAGUACCAGGUCGCGGGUAUGGGAGAACAAAGUGCUGCAAAUACUUAGGCUACGCAGAUACUUUCCGUCUAUCUG